AUGCCAUGGAGACUUAAUGUUCUUGCAAAUAGAACCUCAGAAAAAUUGGCAAUUGCGGAUCGCGUGAUUUUUGUGACCAUUUUUCCAACUCACUUCGUUAACUAUCAAGUACGAUUCCUUCAGUCACCGAGUCUUAUAUUGAGGAACUUGAGACCUGACUUAUUUCAAUCAUCACUUUCGAGACCUUACGCAAACUCUUUACCUUCCCCCUACACAUCUUCCAAAGAGUCUACAUCAUCCUACCUGAACAAAUUUACAAAAUAUAUUGUAAAACGGCUCCCGACUACUAUAUUGAUGAACAUAAUUGUAACUGGCCUCGCUGGUCUUAUAUCGGUGGAUCUUAUGUACGCUUGGUACCAAAAUAGAUGUAAUGAGCGUCUUCUCAACGAAACAGUGGAAAAGGGCACUCGACCUGGAACAGGAAUUUCAAGUAACAAGUUUAUUCCUCGACCUAAAAUUGUAGAACGCCUAAAAAGAAUUUUUCAACCCUAUGAAGAUCAAUCAUAUUAUUAUAUGGUUUGCGGUGAACAUGGAACUGGGAAAACUACGCUAACAAGGAUUGCAUCGAGUGAAGUUGGGGAUGGUGUUGUAUAUGUUGACAUUCCUUCUGAUUUCGAAGACUUGGGCGAAGCUUUUGGAAAAGCUAUUAAUUUUGCAUUUGAAGAAAAUAUUUCUAUUACAGAAUAA